AUGGAAGACAUACGGCUCUCGAGGACAUCACUUUUGGAUGCAGCACUGAUUGUAGAAACACCAAAUAUGCUUUAUUGCUUGACAAAAAUCAAUCCGGUGAGUGGAGUUUUGGGUAUGGGAUGGGGUCCUCGUUCUUUUGUAGCUGAUCAAUUAGGCUCCAUCAGUGAUGGAGAGUUCUCUUACUGCAUCAAAGCAAACAGCAUAAAUGUUAAUGGGGUCGAGCUCAACAUCUCCAAAACUGAUCUUGCCAUUGAAAAAGAUGGUGGAGGUGGAUGUGUCAUAGACUGUGGUACCCUGGCAACAUUGCUUGUCAAGCCUAUUUUUGAUACACUACACACAGCUUUGGCAGAUCAUUUGUCAAGCAAUCAAAACCUGAAGAGACGUAUCAUUCACAAGCUGCCCAAGGAUCUUUGCUGUGAAGAACUAUUGGAUGAUGGCCGCAAGAACCUUCCUGUUGUUACUUCCCAUUUCGAGAAUGCUGGCCUUGAUGUUAAACCUGAAGCUGUCUUCAUGUUUCGUGAGUUUGAGGGCAAAAUUCUUUUCUGCUUUGUCAAUGCUUUCUGA